AUGAGAAUCGAGUCCAAUUUCGAGUAUCACAACAUUGCUUUAGAACAGGGCUACCCAAUCCCGUUCCUGCAGAUCGACCUACCUGCAGAGUUCAAGGAGGCAGAUCUCCAGGAACAGGACUGGGUAUACCAGAUUGUGGUGAUCCGCUCAGGUAGUUACGACUGUGAGCAUGUAGCUAUCGAGCGACGCUACUCAGACUUCCUCCACCUUCAUCAGGAGCUCCUGCUGGACUUCAGCGAGGAAAUGGAGGACAUUGUGAUGCCCAGGAAGAAAAUGAGGGGCAACUUCUCAGAGGAGAACAUCGGCGAGCGGCGCGUAGCCCUCAGAGACUAUCUUACUCAGCUCUACUCCCUCCGUUUUGUCCGAAAAUCACAAGCGUUCCUAGCGUUCUUCACUCAUAAGGAAUUAAAGGCUGCAUAUGACCUCCUGCGUGGGGGCCGCUUUUCCUGGGCCCUUGAGGGCCUCCAGAAGGUGUUGGUACUUCAGGAAAAACUGUCUUCUCACAACCCUACUUUGGUGGUACCAACCCUGUGUGCCAUGCUGGUGUGCCAGAGGGAUCUAGAAGACUUUGACACAGCAUUUCAAACUGGUAGAAUAGCUUUGCCCACAGUGAGAUGCUACGAGCUCCGGCAGUAUAAAGGGCCCCUGCUGGAGGCUCUUGUUGAUUUGGGUUACAGUCUUGGGCUGCCUGUGGCGCAGUUACAGGAUGAGCUGACCAGAAUGCAAGACUCGCCAAAUGGGCAGGUGUCAGAGAUGUCCCUUAAAGAACUGGUGGUGCAAGAGUUUGUAUAAUCAGAAACAACUGCUAUUUAGUUGUUAACUAUAAUCAUUAUUUGAUCAAACCCCUAAUCCAAAAUAUCAAACUACAAUUGUUCUAUGUGAUCGGACUAAUGAUCACCUGAAAGGAAAUUCAAACAAAUGAAAAUCCCCACAGAUUUACAUUGCAGAGGUCAGAAUUUCAUAGAGAGUUGGUGAGGGCUCUUUUGACUUGGACCAGAAAGAAACCACCCAAUCACCUAGAACAACCGCAUAGCUACAUGUCCCAUCCACAUAUCAGUACCCAAACACUGUAGACAUGAGGAUAGUCUCCUUUGGCAAGUGUUCUGACUUGUUCUGUAGUUAUAUUUUUAUGAACCAUAUUUCUUUUAUCUCAUAUUUUAUUUAU